AUUUUCAUUUAAUGUCUAGGAAAAAGGCACCUGUCCAUUAUGCUACUACAUAAAUAACAGAGAGAUAGAAGAGUAGAAACUACUACAAAUUCUAUAGGAUCUGGUGCUGAGGCAGAAAUCUCUAUUCUGAGGGAUGGCCUCAGUUUGGAAGGGAGUAAAGACAGGUGAAAAUCAGAAAUGGGAAUACAGUGGGAGACCCAUACCCAGGCUAUCCUAGUCUUGGUCAUAUUACAUUGCACAAGGCAGUCAUGACAGUGUUACUACCUAAUAACUCGAGAACUGGCAUUAUCCAGUUUUAGGUGCUAUGACCCAUUAGCACUGAUGACACUAUAACAUGAAAUGUGCCAUAUGGCCAUGACAGAUCUCCCUUCAGCCCAGGUGACUACUCUGAUCCCAAGCACAACAAAUACAGCCACAAACAAUUCUUGUCUCUGACUUCACCUUUGCUAAGCACUUUUUCACAACCUCCCGUUUCCUUUAGCACAGAACAUUUUAUAUGGAGGUGUUCUGUUGUGGUUUUUUUUCAUGCUGACAGUCAUCUUCCAGCUUCUGAUCUUGGAUGUGACUAAAUCGCCUAAAUUUAGCAGGUCCGAACAGAACAAUGCCCAUACACUCCUACAAACAGCCCAGCGUCGAUGUAAGAAACUGGGUUAAUAGCUGCUGACUACAUUUACAGCAGUCGAGGAAUCCAACGAGAGUUGAAGGGGAUGACCAUGACAAAAACCAUGCUCCGAGAACAGUACAUCAAUGCCUUUAAGCACGCUCAGCUGCUGCACUUUCUGUGUUGCGUGUACUCAUCUCAUCAGAGCUUCUGGUUUAUCUCUCGGUGCUUACGGCCGCGCUGCGUUAUCUCUGCAGCAGCGCUGGAAGCUCCCGUCAGCGCCCCGGCUCACCGCUACAGCCAUGUGCACAACGCCUCGGGCACGAAGAAGGAGCGGGCGGAGCCCCGCGGAGAGGUCCACUUCCAGCCGCCGUUCUGAACGCGAAGGACUGGGCAAACCUGUACUAAGUACUUCUACAAAGCGGCGUGGCGACAGCCGGCUCGCUACAAGCGGCGCGGGGCUGUGCCGGGGCUGUGCCGGAGCGGGGCGGCGCCGCCCGGGCACGGGGCCGAAGGAGGGCGUCAGCGAGGGCGGCCGCCCUGCCCCUCCCGCGCGGCGCUGGCGGCGAUGAGCGGGGCUCGGAACAUGGAGGACUACGGGCUCUUCCUGGCGCUGCUGGGCUCGGCGCUGCUGGUCGGCUUCGUUUCGGUCGUUUUCUCCCUCGUCUGGGUCUUCAGCUACCGCGAAGGGCUCGGCUGGGACGGGGGCUCGGCGGAGUUCAACUGGCAUCCCGUCCUCAUCGUCACGGGCUUCGUCUUCAUCCAGGGCAUCGCCAUUAUUGUGUACAGAUUGCCAUGGACCUGGAAGUGCAGCAAACUCCUAAUGAAGCUGAUACAUGCUGGAUUAAAUACCAUAGCUAUGAUUCUUGCAAUUGUUUCUAUGGUAGCCGUGUUUGAUUUCCACAAUGCCAGGAGCAUCCCCAACAUGUACAGUCUGCACAGCUGGAUUGGGCUGACUGCUGUUAUAUUUUAUUCUCUUCAGCUUUUUUUAGGCUUUGCUGUCUUCCUACUCCCAUUUGCUCCAGCACAUCUCCGAGCAGCUCUCAUGCCAAUACACGUUUAUUCAGGUCUCUUCAUCUUUGUAACAGUGAUCGCAGCAGCUCUCAUGGGAAUCACAGAGAAACUUCUAUUUGCACUGAACAGUACUGUGUAUAGUACAUCCCCACCAGAGGCAAUUUUUGUCAACUGUCUUGGUCUCCUGAUUGUCAUAUUUGGCGCACUUAUUUUGUGGAUGGCAAGCAGGCCCCAUUGGAAACGCCCACCAGAAGAGAAUUAUAAAGUUCAUCGGCCCAAUGGAGGGGCUCCUGGAGGCAUGGAAGCAGAAUCCACAAUGACAGAUGGCAGUAAUGCAGACAGAUCUGAUGUGGGGUUCAACAGUGAGGCAGCCAGAAAACGAAACUUCAAACUUGAUGAAGCAGGGCAGCGAUCAACUAUGUAAAGAAAAUACACAAUAACAGUACUAAUAUACUGCCAAAAAACCUCUGUUCCUUCCAAUUUAGUUAAAUAGAUAUAUAUGUAUAUAUACACACACACACGUUGCAGUAUC